GGCGCUGGUGGAGCAAAGGAGACAGUGCGGAUUCUUCCAGUCACUCCCUGCAUUUCCCAUCCAGUCUCCGCUUUGCCGAUUGUAGGCUCCUUGGCGGUGAAGUUCGUUACAUAGUCUUUGACUGGGCUUCAUGAGAAGAAGCUGAUGACGAAGUGUGAUUGGUGAAGGGUUAGGAUGACGACAGUAGCCGCAGAGUACGACCACAUGGAGAUUCAGCAGCAGUACAGCAGCGACGUCAACAAUCGGUGGGAUGACGACUGGGACAACGAGAACAGCUCUGCCCGGUUGUUUGAGCGCUCCCGCAUCAAGGCCCUGGCAGAUGAGCGUGAGGCAGUGCAGAAGAAGACUUUCACCAAAUGGGUGAACUCCCACCUGGCGCGAGUGUCCUGCAGGAUCACUGACCUCUACAUGGACCUCAGAGAUGGACGUAUGCUCAUCAAACUGCUGGAGGUGCUGUCCGGGGAGAGACUGCCCAAGCCCACAAAGGGCAGGAUGCGGAUCCACUGCCUGGAGAACGUGGACAAGGCGCUGCAGUUCCUCAAAGAGCAGAGGGUACACCUGGAGAACAUGGGCUCCCACGACAUCGUCGACGGCAACCACCGCCUCACGCUGGGCCUCAUCUGGACCAUCAUCCUCAGGUUCCAGAUCCAGGACAUCAGUGUGGAGACAGAGGACAACAAGGAGAAGAGAUCUGCCAAGGAUGCCCUGCUGCUUUGGUGCCAGAUGAAGACUGCAGGCUAUCCCAAUGUCAAUAUACACAACUUCACCACCAGUUGGCGAGAUGGCAUGGCCUUCAAUGCCCUCAUCCACAAGCACAGACCCGACCUAAUUGACUUUGAUAAGCUGAAGAAGUCGAAUGCCCACUACAACCUGCAGAAUGCCUUCAACCUGGCAGAGCAGCACCUGGGCCUCACCAAGCUACUGGACCCAGAAGAUAUCAGUGUAGACCACCCUGAUGAGAAGUCUGUCAUCACGUAUGUGGUGACAUACUACCACUACUUCUCCAAGAUGAAGGCACUGAAGGUGGAAGGCAAGAGGAUUGGGAAGGUACUGGACAAUGCCAUCGAGACUGAAAAGAUGAUUGAGAAGUAUGAGUCGCUGGCCUCUGACUUGCUGGAGUGGAUCGAACAGACCAUCAUUAUCCUCAACAACCGCAAGUUUGCUAACUCCCUGGUUGGAGUCCAGCAGCAGUUGCAGGCCUUCAACACCUACCGUACUGUGGAGAAGCCCCCCAAGUUUACAGAAAAGGGGAAUUUGGAAGUGCUCCUUUUCACCAUCCAGAGCAAAAUGAGGGCCAACAACCAGAAAGUCUAUAUGCCGAGAGAGGGGAAGCUCAUUUCUGACAUCAACAAGGCUUGGGAGAGGCUGGAGAAGGCGGAGCAUGAACGGGAGCUGGCCCUGAGGACUGAGCUGAUCCGGCAGGAGAAGCUGGAACAGCUGGCCCGCCGUUUCGAUCGAAAGGCUGCCAUGAGAGAGACCUGGCUGAGCGAAAAUCAGCGCCUCGUUUCACAGGACAACUUUGGCUUCGACCUGCAAGCGGUAGAGGCGGCCACCAAGAAGCAUGAGGCCAUCGAGACUGACAUCGCCGCUUAUGAGGAGCGUGUCCAAGCCGUGGUGGCAGUGGCCCGCGAGCUGGAGGCGGAAAACUACCAUGACAUCAAGCGCAUUGCCGCCCGCAAGGACAAUGUUAUCCGCCUUUGGGAGUACCUGCUGGAGCUGCUGCGGGCACGGCGACAGAGGCUGGAGAUGAACCUGGGCCUGCAAAGGGUUUUCCAGGAGAUGCUGUACAUCAUGGACUGGAUGGAUGAGAUGAAGAUGCUGCUGCUGUCCCAGGACUAUGGGAAGCACCUGCUGGGAGUGGAGGACCUGCUGCAGAAGCACGCUCUGGUGGAGGCCGACAUUGGCAUCCAAGCUGACCGCGUCAAGGCUGUCAAUGCCAACGCGCAAAAGUUCGCCAUUGAUACCGAGGGCUACAAGCCCUGUGACCCACAGGUGAUCCGUGACCGUGUGGCACACAUGGAGUACUGCUACCAGGAACUGAGUCAGCUGGCGGCGGAGCGGCGGGCACGGCUGGAGGAGUCGCGGCGCCUCUGGAAGUUCUUUUGGGAGAUGGCGGAGGAGGAGGGCUGGAUCCGGGAGAAGGAGCAGAUCCUGUCCCUGGACGACUGCGGCAAGGACCUGACGGGCGUCCUGCGGCUGCUCAGCCAGCACAAGGCCUUUGAGGACGAGAUGAGCGGCCGCAGCGGCCACCUGCAGCAGACGGUGCGUGAGGGUGAGGAGAUGGUGGCCGGCGGCCACUUCGGCGCCGACAAGAUCCGUGAGCGCAACAGCGACAUCCAGGAGCAGUGGGCCGCCCUCGAGCGCCUGUCAACCGUGCGCAAGGCCCGCCUCCAGGAGGCUUGCAACAUGCACCAGUUCCAGGCUGACGCUGACGACAUCGACACCUGGAUGCUGGACGUGCUUCGCAUCGUCUCCAGCUCCGACGUGGGCCACGACGAGUUCUCCACGCAGGCGCUGGUCAAGAAGCACAAGGAUGUGGCGGAGGAGAUCGGCAGCUACCGGCCGGUCAUCGACGCACUGCAUGAGCAGUCCCGCACGCUGCCCGGCGAGCACGCCCAGUCUCCCGAGGUGCAAGGCAGGCUGGCGGGCAUCGAGGAGCGCUACAAGGAGGUGGCGGAGCUGACGCGGCUACGCAAGCAGGCCCUGCAGGACGCUCUGGCCCUCUACAAGAUGUCCAGCGAGGCCAACGCCUGCGAGGUGUGGAUCGAUGAGAAGGAGCUAUGGCUCAACAGCAUGCAGAUCCCAGAGAAGCUGGAGGACCUGGAGGUCAUACAACACAGGUUUGAGAGCCUGGAGCCUGAAAUGAAUAACCAGGCUUCACGUGUAGCUGUGGUCAACCAGAUCGCUAGGCAGCUGAUUCACAGCGGACACCCCAGCGAGAAGGAGAUCAAAGCCCAACAAGACAAGCUCAACACCAGGUGGAGCCAGUUCCGGGACUUGGUGGACCUGAAGAAAGAGUCCCUCAGCUCCGCCCUGGGAGUGCAGAACUACCACCUGGAGUGCAAUGAGACCAAGUCCUGGAUCCGUGAGAAGACCAAGGUCAUCGAGUCCACCCAGGAGCUGGGCAAUGACCUGGCGGGCGUGAUGGCCCUGCAGCGCAAGUUGACGGGCAUGGAGCGGGACCUUGCGGCCAUUGAGGACAAGCUGGGUGACCUGCAGAAGGAGGCAGAGCGGCUGGGGGCGGAGCAUCCCGACCAGGCACAGGCAAUCAUGGGCCGGCUGGCCGAGAUCACAAGCGUGUGGGAGGAGCUAAAGGCCACGCUGCGCAACCGCGAGGAGUCCCUGGGUGAGGCCAGCAAGCUGCAGCAGUUCCUGCGCGACCUAGACGACUUCCAGUCCUGGCUGUCACGCACGCAGACUGCCAUCGCCUCCGAGGACAUGCCCAACACGCUGGCCGAGGCCGAGAAGCUGCUCGCCCAACACGAGGGCAUCAAGAACGAGAUCAACAACUAUGAGGAGGACUACCAGAAGAUGCGUGACAUGGGCGAGAUGGUGACGCAGGGCCAGACGGACGCCCAGUACAUGUUCCUGCGCCAGCGGCUGCAGGCCCUGGAUACGGGCUGGAAUGAGCUGCACAAGAUGUGGGAGAACCGGCAGAGUCUGCUGUCCCAGUCCCACGCCUACCAGCUGUUCCUGAGGGACACCAAGCAGGCUGAAGCCUUCCUCAACAACCAGGAGUAUGUGCUGGCUCACACCGAGAUGCCAACCACCCUCGAAGCUGCUGAGGCAGCCAUCAAGAAGCAGGAGGACUUCAUGACAACAAUGGAUGCCAACGAGGAGAAGAUCAAUGCAGUGGUGGAGACAGGCAGGAGGCUGGUGAGCGAUGGAAACAUCAGUGCCGACCGCAUCCAGGAGAAGGUGGACUCAAUCGACGACAGGCAUAAGAAGAACCGGGAGGCAGCUAGUGAGCUGUUGAUGAGGCUGAAGGAUAACCGGGACCUGCAGAAGUUCCUUCAGGACUGCCAGGAGCUGUCCCUCUGGAUCAACGAGAAGAUGCUCACGGCGCAGGACAUGUCCUACGAUGAGGCCCGCAACCUACAUAGCAAGUGGCUCAAACACCAGGCCUUCAUGGCUGAGCUGCAGUCCAACAAGGAGUGGCUGGACAAAAUUGAGAAAGACGGGAUGCAGCUGGUGGCGGAGAAGCCUGAGACCGAGGCGGUGGUGAAGGAAAAGCUGCAGGCUCUGCACAAGAUGUGGGAGGAGCUGGAGUCCACCACGCAGACUAAGGCACAGUGCCUUUUUGAUGCCAACAAGGCGGAGCUCUUCACCCAGAGCUGCGCCGACCUGGACAAGUGGCUGGUGGGCCUGGAGGGCCAGAUCCAGUCGGACGACUACGGCAAGGACCUGACCAGCGUCAACAUCCUGCUCAAGAAGCAGCAGAUGCUGGAGAACCAGGUAGAUGUGCGCAAAAAGGAGGUGGAGGAGCUUCAGAGCCAGGUGCAGGCCCUGAGCCAGGAGGGCAAGGACACAGACGAGGUGGAUGGGCGCCGCCGGUUGGUGGAGAAGAAGUUCCAGGAGCUGCUGGAACCUCUAAGCAAAAGGAAGAACUUCCUCAUGGCCUCUCGUGAGAUCCACCAGUUCAACCGUGAUGUGGAGGAUGAGAUUCUCUGGGUUGAAGAGAGGAUGCCACUUGCAACUUCCACAGACCACGGUCACAACUUACAAACUGUUCAGCUUCUCAUCAAGAAAAAUCAAACCCUGCAGAAGGAAAUCCAAGGCCACCAGCCCCGCUGUGACGACAUCUUUGAGAGGAGUCAGAACAUCCUGAAAGAUGACAGCCCCAGCGCAGAGGCCAUCAAGCAGCGGCUGGCUGACCUGCAGCGGCUCUGGGGCCUGAUGAUCGAGGAGACGGAGAAGCGGCACGGCCGCCUGGAGGAGGCCCACAAGGCCCAGCAGUACUACUUCGACGCAGCCGAGGCCGAGGCCUGGAUGAGUGAGCAGGAGCUCUACAUGAUGUCAGAGGAGAAGGCCAAGGAUGAGCAGAGCUCAGUUGCUAUGUUGAAGAAACACCAGAUCCUUGAGCAGGCAGUUGAGGAUUAUGCUGAGACUGUCCACCAACUGUCCAAGACCAGUAGGGCUCUGGUGGCUGCGGGACAUCCAGAGAGUGAGAGGAUAAGCAUGCGCCAGUCCCAGGUUGACAAGCUGUAUGCAGGGCUGAAGGACCUGUCGGAGGAGAGAAGAGGGAAGCUGGACGAGAGGUUCAGGCUCUUCCAGCUGAACCGCGAGGUGGAUGACCUGGAGCAGUGGAUCGCUGAGCGGGAGGUGGUGGCUGGCUCCCAUGAGCUGGGACAGGACUACGAGCAUGUCACUAUGCUUCAGGAGCGUUUCCGGGAGUUCGCCCGUGACACGGGUAACAUCGGCCAGGAGCGCGUGGAUGCCGUCAACCAGAUGGCGGACGAGCUGAUCAACUCGGGCCACUCGGACGCGGCCACCAUCGCCGAGUGGAAGGACGGGCUGAACGAGGCGUGGGCAGACCUGCUGGAGCUGAUCGACACCCGCACGCAGAUCCUGGCCGCCUCCUACGAGCUGCACAAGUUCUACCACGACGCCAAGGAGAUCCUGGGCCGCAUCCUGGACAAGCACAAGAAGCUGCCCGAGGAGCUGGGCCGCGACCAGAACACAGUGGAGACACUGCAGAGGAUGCACACCACCUUCGAGCACGACAUCCAGGCCCUGGGAACGCAGGUGAGGCAGCUGCAGGAGGACGCUGUUCGCCUCCAGUCAGCCUAUGCCGGUGACAAGGCAGACGACAUCCAGAAGAGGGAGAACGAGGUGCUGGAGGCCUGGAAGACUCUGCUGGAGGCCUGCGAGGGCCGCCGGGUCCGGCUGCUGGAUACAGGCGACAAGUUCCGCUUCUUCAGCAUGGUGCGAGACCUCAUGCUCUGGAUGGAGGAUGUCAUCCGCCUCAUCGAGGCCCAGGAGAAGCCCAGGGAUGUGUCGUCGGUGGAGCUGCUGAUGAACAAUCACCAAGGGAUCAAGGCUGAGAUUGACGCACGCAACGACAGCUUCACGGCCUGCAUCGAGCUGGGCAAGUCCUUGCUGGCACGGAAGCACUAUGCAUCAGAGGAGAUCAAAGAGAAGUUGCUACAGUUGACAGACAAGAGGAAAGACAUGAUUGACAAGUGGGAGGACCGAUGGGAGUGGCUGAGACUGAUUUUGGAAGUGCACCAGUUUUCACGGGACGCGGGGGUUGCGGAGGCGUGGCUGCUGGGACAGGAGCCCUACCUGUCCAGCCGGGAGAUGGGCCAGAGUGUGGACGAAGUGGAGAAGCUGAUCAAGAGGCACGAGGCCUUCGAGAAGUCAGCUGCUACUUGGGAGGAGCGCUUUUCUGCGCUGGAGCGGCUGACCACGAUGGAGUUAUUGGAAGUGAGAAGACAGCAAGAGGAAGAAGAGAGAAGGAGGCAACCCCCGUCACCAGAACCUGUGCAUGCACCCGACUCGGACUCCCCACAGCAGCGGGAGGGUGAGCAGAUUGCUCAGAAUGGGCUGCCAUCAGACCAGGACUCCCCACGGGACGGUGUGGACGGAGGAGAGAUUGUGAAUGGCGUGGCGGAGAGGAGCUCCAAGGAGCCCAGUCCCAUCCCGUCUCCCACUGCGGACCGCAAGGGAAAGCAGGCUUCCACUCUGCCAGCCAAAUCUCAGGACUCGCCCUCCUCCCAGCUGGAGGGCUUCCUGCACCGCAAGCAUGAGUGGGAGGGACACAACAAGAAGGCCUCCAGCAGAUCCUGGCAUAACGUGUACUGUGUGAUCAAUAAUCAAGAAAUGGGCUUCUAUAAAGACAAUAAGAACGCAAGUCAAGGCAUUCCAUACCACAAUGAGAUUCCCAUCAGCCUGAAGGAUGCGGUCUGUGAGGUCGCCGUGGACUACAAGAAAAAGAAGCAUGUCUUCAAGCUCAGAGUAACAGAUGGGAAUGAAUAUCUCUUCCAAGCCAAAGAUGACGAGGAGAUGAACACUUGGAUUCAGGCCAUCUCAAGCGCGGUGACCUCUGAUAAGUCAGAGGUUACACCCAGCAACCAGAGCACUCCAGCCUCCAGCCGGGCCCAGACCCUGCCAGCCACCGUCACCCUCACCACAGAGUCCAGCCCUGGGAAGAGGGAGAAGGAGAAGGAGAAGGACAAAGAGAAGCGCUUCAGCCUUUUCAGCAAGAAGAAGUAGAGGCCCCCCCUACCUUCCUUUGUGCAGUCUUUUUUUUUCUGUCACCUCCGGUGAUAUUCCAGCAUGCAAGCUCAGAACCAAGACACCACUCUCUGUGCCUAAUGUUCCUCCAAUUGGUUUUAGAAAUAACUUACGGAGAGUUUUCAAAAACGCAGACACAAAAAAUAUUUGAUUUUGAAGCCAGGGUAUGAGGUGUGUUGGGCAGCUUCCCUCUUAAAAUAAUUUUAAAUGUCAAAACAGGACCAGAUUGUUGCUUUGUCUUGUUAUUAUUCUUUUUUUUAACAGAUUUUUGAUAUUGCUCUCUUUUUUUGGUUUAACUGUAUGUAGUUGGUAGGGUCUGGAUAUUAAAACAUUUCCUCAAUUUUGUGAGGCUGUCUUGGGAGGACAACUUAUAUCCUUUUAUGCUGUUGGAAAGCAAGGCAGCGGUGCUUUGAAAACAAUAACUCUGCACAUUCAUGAUCUGUAAAUUCCAAUAAUGCAGACGUUUGUUGAAUUCCAUCUACUAAGGUAGCUAUGCUAAGUCUUGACUAAUGAAACUUCCAUCCAUUAUAGAAAGAUGGUAUACUGUCUUAGCUAAUUCUUAGUAUAAACUUGAAUUCAUUUGGAUAAGAACCCAUACUCAAAUGUCAGCCAAUAACCAUAUGCUGGGGCUCUUGUACAACAAAUGUGAAAUGUAAAAGUGUUGGAUACACAUGAAGGAUAGUACUCCGAAUGAAUUUUAAAUCUGUAAUUUUACACAUUUUUCCUCUGUUUUAUCGUUUUUGUUUUGUUCAUUGUUGAUCUUGAGUUGCAUUAUAAUAUAUGUUUCAAAUAAUUCUAGUACAGAGUAUAAGAACUAGAUGUAUUAUAAACACUUUAAAGCAUUGAUGUUAAGUGGAAAAGUGGAACCCAAGCAUUUACUGGAAAAAAUAAGUAAUGUUACUCAAAAACGGUUGCUUGCUUGUUGGCUAUAGCACUGCGUGUCAUAAUUUUUUGCUACAUUAUCUCGCUAUUUGAUACAUAGUGUGCAUUUCUCUGUCACUGUAACUAUUGUAAUGAAAAUUUUCAUCUUAUUGCACAAUCAAAAAUGGCAUAAUAGGAAUGAACUCCUUUGCAAUGGCUGGGCCUGUAGGCGUAUAGUAAACAUGGGCCAGGCUGUCAGAUGUAUGGAACUGCACCUGUAGACUUUUACCCUCUCUGUUAAAUAUGUGCGAUGUCAUUAAAAUGCUUUUAAAAAUGA